CGCUUCGUUUGUUUAUUUUUUACUUUUUAUUUUUCAAAGCCACAUAUAUUUAUUUGUUCCCUUCUCAUUCCUGCACUUUUACUCCGCUUAAAAAACACCAACCCAAAUUCACUCUUUUUUGUUCAUUUUCCAAGCCAAAGCCAAAGCCAAAUUCCCGCACUUUACACAAUGGCGCUCAGCAAGCGCAUUACAUACUACUACGAUGAGGAGGUCGGCAACUACAACUACGGGUACAACCACCCGAUGAAGCCCUUCCGCAUGCGCAUGGCCCACAGCCUUGUGGCCGCCUACGAGCUCGACAAGAAAAUGACCGUCAUCCGGCCUCCGCGCGCCAGCGCCCGCCAAAUGACGCGCUUCCACUCCGACGACUACGUCGACUUUCUCUCGCGCGUAACACCAGAAAUUGCCGAACAGCACUCAGACCACACCCACCUGUACCUGAGCGGCGACGACUGUCCGGCGUUUGACGGCGUGUUCGAGUUCAGCUCGAUUUCGGCUGGCGGGUCGAUAGCCGGAGCCAAGCGCAUUAACCAUGGUGAUUCAGACGUGGUCAUCAAUUGGGCAGGCGGCUUGCACCAUGCGAAAAAAGGGUCGGCCUCAGGGUUUUGCUACAUCAAUGAUAUUGUGCUAGCUAUUUUGGAGCUGCUAAAGUAUAAUCAGCGUGUAAUGUACUUGGACAUUGAUGUGCAUCACGGGGAUGGUGUCGAGGAGGCGUUCUACACAACCGACCGCGUCAUGUCUGUGAGCUUCCAUAAGCAUGGUGAUUUUUUCCCAGGCACCGGCAACCUCAACGAUAUUGGCUUGUCCAAGGGCAAAGGGUACGCGGUGAACGUGCCGCUGCGGGAUGGGAUUGAUGACGAGAGCUACAAGAACCUGUUCCAGCCCGUCAUGCGCAUGGUCAUGGAGAGGUUCCGACCCGGCGCAAUUGUCAUGCAGUGCGGCACAGACUCGCUUUCAGGAGACCGCAUCGGCUGCUUUAAUCUCAGCAUGAAGGGCCACGCGGCUUGUGUUGAGUUUAUGAAGUCGUUCAAUGUGCCACUGUUCUGCCUUGGCGGUGGCGGGUAUACGAUUCGCAAUGUUGCACGCACAUGGGCGUACGAGACUUCGGUAUUGCUGGACAUGGAGCUGGAUCCGGUUUUGCCGUACAACGACUACUAUGACUUUUACGGGCCUGAGUUCCGCCUAGACGUGCCGGCUAGCAAUAUGGACAAUGCCAAUACGAAGGAGUACCUGGACAAGGUGUUUGCACACAUUGGAGAGCAGCUGAGGGGAAUUCCACAUGCGCCCUCAGUGCAUAUGCAGGAGGUUCCAGAGGAUUGGCCAGCGAUGAGCGAUGAUGAGAUGGAUGACGAGGAAAUGGAUUUGGAGCCGGAGACUAAAAUGACUGAUUUUGGAAUUGUAUGUAACCUUACAUUGCAUCUGUAA